GUAAGUUUGUGAUUCUUAUAACCCUUUAGGCACAGCUCUUGAUUUGUUAGUUUGUUAGUUUGGUGAGAGAAGUUUGUAUUCUUCAAAGCAUGGAUAAAGCGGGCAAGCAAAAUCUAACCAUUGUUGGAGGGGGUUUGGUUGGUAGUUUAAAUGCAUGUUUAUUUGCUAAGAAAGGCUUUCAUGUUGACCUCUAUGAAGCAAGAGAAGAUAUUCGAACUGCUAAAAUUGUUAGUGGGCGAAGCAUCAAUUUAGCACUGUCUUACCGAGGACUACAAGCUCUUAAGGCCGUGGAUCUUGAAGACAGGGUUAAAGCUAAGGGCAUUCCUAUGGUUGCACGGAUGAUCCAUUCAUUAUCUGGAAAAAAAUCUUCAAUUCCAUAUGGAAAGCACAAUCAGUACAUUCUAUCAGUCGACAGAGCUAAUUUAAACAAGGAACUACUAAAUGCUGCAGAAAAAUAUUCUAAUGUCACGUUGCACUUUGAACAGAAGUUAACCAACUGCAAUGUUGAUUCUGGAACAAUGACGUUUGUUGGGAAAACAGGAGAAGAGAUCCAUAUAAAAUCAAAAUUAAUUGUGGGGUGCGAUGGAGCCUUUUCUGUUGUCCGAAAGCAAUUCAUGAGGCGGCCACGGUUCAAUUAUAGCCAUGUGUAUAUUCCUCAUGGUUAUAAGGAAUUGACAAUUCCACCAAAGAAUGGUGAGUUUGCAAUGGAAAAAAACUAUCUGCAUAUCUGGCCAAGGAACACAUUUAUGAUGAUCGCCCUUCCCAAUUUGGAUAAAUCAUUCACAUGCACACUCUUCAUGCCAUUUGAAGAGUUUGAAAAGAUAACCACGGCAGAACAAGUAUUGGAUUUCUUCAAGACCUACUUUCCAGAUUCAAUUGAAUUAAUUGGAGCGGAUAAAUUAAAGGAAGACUUCUUUUUGCUGCCACCACAAGCCUUGAUUUCAGUAAAGUGCUCUUCAUUUUGUGUAGAAAACAAGUGUGUUCUAAUGGGAGAUGCAGCCCAUGCAGUUGUGCCCUUCUACGGACAAGGAAUGAAUGCUGGAUUUGAAGACUGUCUCCUGUUUUCUGAAUUAAUGGAGCAAUACAACAACAACUUUGAUAUUUGCCUUCCUGAGUUUUCUAGACUAAGAGUGCCGGAUGCUCAUGCCAUUUCAGACUUGGCCAUGUACAAUUACAAGGAGAUGCGAGCCCAUGUUAAUUCGAAGUGGUUCAUAUUCCGAAAAUAUGUUGAUAAUAUUCUCAACACCAUAAUGCCUUCAACUUUUAUUCCGUUGUACUCAAUGGUAACAUUCAGUAGAAUAAGAUAUCAUGAAGUUAUAAAGCGUUGGAAGUGGCAAAGUAAGGUCAUAAACAUAGGACUCAUCAUUGUUGGCACAACCAUAUCAGUAAGCAGUGCAUACAUGGUUAUAAAGUACCUACCUGCAAGAAUAAACAAAGAAACCUUAAGUCAACUGACAGGUCAUCUCAAAGGAAUCAAUUUGCCAUCAUUGCUCAAACUGAAUUUCAUGGCCCCUACAGCCACCGUUACAAGUGCCUCCUGAACCAUGGACAAUUAAGUAGCCUAUUUCAGGACUUUUCAUGUAACAAAAACUCAGUGGAUCAUAUAAAUAUCACGUCUUGUAUAAACUUCAAAUUAUACUCUUUUUAGUCAAUUUUUGUGAAAGAUGUCACAAACCACUGUUUAUGCUUCUUGUGUAACGCCACAAAUAAAUCUCUGCAAUGACUGAAA